AUGCUCCGCCAAAGACAACCCGCCGCAGCAUCCGCCGACCCCGACCGCGCUCAAAAGGACCAGAUACCCACCAUGGCCGCCGCAAAGACGACGUCCCUGGACAACGAGCGCCGCCCGCUGCUCCCGCGCCACGAGGACGACGAGCACAGCCAGCCGCCGACCGACGCAGAAGACGACGACAACGACCCAGGCGACGAGAGCAAGAUGGCCUGGGCACGCCGGAACCAGUGGAUCGUGCUCGCCGUUGCGAGCGGUGCUUGCGCGGCCUUCAACGGCGUCUUUGCGAAGCUGACCACAACGGAACUCACAACGACAAUUUCGCAAGCCAUCUCCAACUUCCUCCACCUCUCGGAUAUCGAAGGUGCAUUUGAGGUUGUCCUGCGAGCCGUCUUCUUCGGCCUCAACCUCGUCUUCAAUGGCAUCAUGUGGACUCUCUUCACAAAGGCCCUCGCCAAGGGCAGCUCCACCACUCAGGUGUCCAUCAUGAACACCUCGUCAAACUUCGUCAUCACCGCCCUCCUCGGCCUCGCCAUCUUCUCCGAGUCCCUGCCACCGCUCUGGUGGCUCGGCGCGGCCCUCCUGGUCGCCGGAAACGUCAUCAUCGGCCGCAAGGACGAGACUGCCGCGGACAAGUCCGCCGACUACGCCCCUGUGCCCCAGCAGCCCGGUCUCGCCCCGGCAGACGGCGCCGAGGAGGAUAAAGAUGAGUCCGAGGACGAGGACAUUGUUGAUCUCGGAGACCUUUCGGCUCAUGAACAUCGCGCUUGA